AUGGGUGCAAUUGUUAGCAAACCCUCACACCAACAACAACCGCAUCAGGAUUCGAAAAACUCUUCAUCAAAAGCCUCCACUCACCACAACGAUGUAAGGGCUAGCUCCAAGAUUAACGAUAAGGGUGCGCCUAAUAGUAGUAACAAUAACAGCAAUAUGAAAUCAUCUUCGGCUGGAAGCGAAACUGUAAAGCCGAUAGCGAAGCAUUCUCUCACUGUAGAUACAACAAAUCUCUCUCAAAAACAACAGAUACCUCUAUCAUCAAGUGUUUCGCCCUUGACAACAUCUUCCGAUGUUUCAUUCAACGCCAAUAAUCAAGCUCAAAUAACCACAACACCCAAUGUAGAGUUCAAAGACGAAUACGAGGAUAAAGAGUAUGAAAUGGUUGAGGAAUAUGAUGACGGAGAAAAUGUAGAACCAGCCUUCCAAAUGGAUGAACAUAUUGCCGCUUGUAUGUGUCCAGUGAUUGUAGUCGAUACCAAGACCAAUAUCCAUUCCAUGAACAGUUUUGGUGAGGAGUUGUUUGGAAAGACAGUGAAAGAUCUUGAUGGAAAGAAUGUUUGCGUGUUGCUGAGCGAAAAUAGUGCAGGAGAACUGCAAAAGCGAAUCAGAGACUAUUUACAGCUACGAACGAAAUCGUUGCUAGUAGAGAAGAUCAUUUAUGAUAUUAAGGAACCAAAAACUCCAAUUAGAAAGAUUGGAAUUAGAAUUACAGAAAUGAUCAAGAGCGGCGUACCUUAUUUUAUUUGUUAUUUGCAACCAGAAGGUUUGCAGAAAGGCAGCAACUUUGAAGACGUUCUUAAGAAUCAAAAUACGGCUGUGCAAGAUGUUGAUUCAGAUGACGACGGCGAAGGAAGUGUUGCUAGCUUAGACAAAAAAAGCAGGCCUGGGGAUGAAAAUCCCAUGGAUGAUGGCAAUGAAGGCGAGGGUGGAGAAGUGCAACAACAAUCAUUCCAGUUUCAUAGCGCUGUGACACAGCUUUCGACCAUACCUAUUGUUGCAAUUGAUUGUGUAUCAAUUGUGCAGACAUGGAACCCAGCUGCUGAGCAUGUGUUUGGUAUUAAGGCUAGUGAAAUUCUUGGAAGCUCGCUAACCAUUAUUAUGCCAGACGAAAUUGCUGUAAAUCACAACAGUUAUGUUGAGAGAUAUGUACGGACUGGUAUUAAGAGGGUAGUUGACAAGACCAGAGUAGUCAAUGGAAAGAGAAAAACUGGUGAAAUUUUCCCUGUAGAGCUUAAAAUAACUGAAAUUAAGGAUGAUAAGGAUCAGCGAGUAUUCUUAGGAUUUGCAAGAGAUAUGACAGCCGUCAUUACUAAAACAGAACAAUACAAACAUCUGGCAGAACAAAUUUUCCCUGCAUCCAUAGCAACACGAGUAGUUAACGGAGAUUUAAUUCAUGACUUCCAUGAAAAUGUGACGAUCAUGUUUAGCGAUAUUGAAAACUUUAACCAGUUAUCGCUCGAGAUUUCUCCUAAAAAUUUGAUCAGCUUUUUAGAUUCCAUCUUUGAGAAAUUCGAUCAAAUUAUCCAAAAGUAUUCUCUGGAGAAAAUCAAAACGAUUGGAGAUAAUUACAUGUUAGCAAGCGGCCUGCCUGAAAAGAAUGACAAGUUUGCGGAAAAUGCUGUUCGUGGAGCAUUUGAAAUGGCAAAAAUUGUUGCAGAGAUGAAUGCAACCUCGAAAUUUAAGGUCAACAUAAGAGUUGGGUUGAGCACUGGAGAGGUGGUUGCUGGUAUUGUUGGUAAAAAGAAACCAGCUUAUGACGUUUGGGGAGCAACUGUUAACUUUGCAAGUAGAAUGCAGUCUACCAGUUAUACCAACCACAUUCAAAUCUGCACAAAGACCUAUCAGCUUCUGCCAAUAGAUUUGGCUCAACAAUUUGUUCCAAGGAGUGGUGUAAAGGUAAAAGGAAUUGGAAGUUGUGACACGUUUAUUUCUGAAAAGUAA